CUGCCUGCGUCUCCCUCAUCACAGAGAGAUAUAGAUAGGGAGAGCAUUAACAAUGGCUAGUGAAGGAAACCCCAUGAACAUGGACAUGGCCAUGGAGAGAACCGAUCAAUGGGUUUCCUCUCAGGACACCCCCGCCGAUGUUGUCGUUGAUGUCUGCGAGGCCAGCUUCUCUCUUCACAAGUUCUUGCUUGUGGGUAAGAGCAACUACAUCAGGAAGCUGAUAAUGGAGUCAAAAGACACAGAUCUCACGAUAAUUGAUCUCUCCGACAUCCCAGGAGGUCCGGAGAUGUUCGAGAAAGCCGCCAAGUUCUGCUAUGGCGUCAACUUCGAGAUCACCGUUCAGAACGUGGCGGCUCUCCACUGCGCCGCCGAGUUCCUCCAGAUGACCGACGAGUACUGCGAGAGCAACCUAGCCAGCCGAACCCUAGAUUUCCUCUCGCAGGUCGCUCUCUCCAGCCUCUCCGGCGCCAUUGUCGUCCUCAAGUCAUGCGAGCUUCUUCUCCCCGCCGCUCAAGAUCUCGGCAUCGUCAAACGUUGCCUCGACGUCAUCAGCUCCAAGGCUUGCAGUGAGGCUACGUUUCCGUCUCGAUCGCCUCCAAACUGGUGGACGGAGGAGCUCUGCAUCUUAGACAUCGAUUUCUUCGCCGAGGUCUUAACAGGGAUGAAGCAACGAGGUGCUAAAGCUUCGGCCUUGGCAUCUGCCAUCACCACCUACACAGAGAAAUCUCUGAGAGAUCUUGUAAGAGAUCACACAGGCCAUGGAAUCAAAUCCUCGGACCUCGAAGAUGCCGACGCGAGAGCCCAACAGAGAGAUCUUGUCGAGGGAAUAGUCUCUCUCUUACCUUCAGAGAAAGGCGUUUUCCCGAUCAACUUCCUCUGCAGCCUCCUCCGCUGCUCCAUCUUCCUCAAAGCCUCCACUUCUUGCAAGAACGAGCUCGAGAAACGGAUCUCCUCCGUCCUGGAGCACGUGACGGUGGACGAUCUCCUCGUGGCGACGUUCACUUACGACGGGGAACGUCUUCUUGAUCUGGACAGCGUGAGGAGGAUCUUCUCGGCGUUCGUGGAGAAAGAGAAGAGCGUGGGAGUCUUCAAUGGCGGCCAUUUCAGAGGAGAAUGCUCUCCUUCUCUUCAGAGAGUAGCCAAGACAGUGGACAUAUACUUGGCCGAGAUAGCGACAUACGGUGAACUAAGCAUCCCAAAGUUCAACGGAUUCGCGAAUCUCGUCCCGAAAGCCGCCAGAAAAGUAGACGACGACCUCUACCGAGCCGUCGACAUUUACUUGAAGGCCCAUCCGAAUCUAGACGAGAUCGAACGCGAAAAAGCCUGCAGUUCCAUGGACCCUUUGAAGCUUUCUUACGAAGCUCGUCUCCACGCAUCACAGAACAAGCGUUUACCUGUCAACAUUGUUCUUCACGCUCUCUACUACGACAAUCUCAAGCUCAGAAGCGGCAAAGAAGACAGAGACGUUCCCGAAGCUAUGGAGAUUCGUGGGCAGUUGCAGAAAGAUGUGUCGUUGGAGAAGGAGAAUGAGGCGUUGAGGACGGAGCUGAUGAAGAUGAAGAUGUAUGUUUCUGAUAUGCAGAAGAAUCAGGGAAGUGUUGGAGCUUCAUCUUUGAGCAAAAAGAGCAAAUAUACGUUCUUCUCGUCGGUUUCCAAGACUUUGGGGAAGCUGAAUCCGUUCAGACACGGAGCUAAGGAUACUUCAAACAUUGAUGACGACAGUGGCGUCGACAUUACCAAGCCCAGGAGGCGAAGGUUCUCCAUCUCUUGAUGAAGGGUUGAAUUAAAAGAGACUCUCAUGGGUUUUGUUCAUUAAUAAAAGAUCAGUCGUUAUGCUUACGUGGCCUUACGUGUUGUGUGAUUUAAUUUUGUAAUCUUUAAUUCCUCUAAUUAAAGAAUUACAGCCGUGGGUUUCAGUUAAAUAUUCUUUUUUUUUUUUGCAUGUAAUAAAUAUUCUGUUUUAUAUU